AUGUCUCAGCAGCCUAGCAUAGUUCCUAUGUUUGCCUUUCCAACCAACUCAACAAAUGGCAUCAUUGAGACGCGACCAGACACGUUUAUUGUCAUCGCCGAGAAUAUCAGCCAGAGCGGCAAUCCUGCCAAUGGCGUGCAGGGAACAAACCAAGUUUGGGAAGUAGCUCUGACGGACACCGAGAGCCCACCAGCAGUGAUUGCCCGGAAAGUCGCCGAUAUCCCAGAUGCACCUAGACUAAAUGGUGCGGCCGCUAUCCCAAACACCACCGCUGUGCUUCUUGGAGACUCGCAGCUGGGAGUGGUUUUCCGUCUCAACACCGCUACUGGACAGUACACCAAGGCAUUCCAACUUCAAGAAAUGGCGCCCGUGCCAAACUCCAACAGCUCAGACGACGCUCUUGGUAUAAACGGCAUGAAAGUCCCUGGUGACGGCUUUCUCUAUUUCUCAAACGCAGCUUCCCGAACCAUGUAUCGCACUGCGAUCACGCCGGAUGGAUUCCCAGCCAACUCAAACGGCAGCAACGGAACCUCAUCUGGUUUCGUCGAGACAAUCGCUCGGAUUCCAAGCGUCCCUUGGCUGGAUGAUUUUGAUGUACGCUCGUCGGAUGGGAGCAUCUUCCUUACCGGUAGUACUGGAAACGUGUUGCUCUUCAUUAAGCGCAUAGGGCUAACGUAUGAGGCACCCGUGGUUUUGGCCGGCGCUGUUGGCCAGUUGACGCUUGCCACCUGCACAGCUGCUGUGUUUGGUCGCUUGGCUGGCAAGACAACGCCAACACUCUUCAUCACAACUGGAGGUGCCCAAGCCACUCUAGCCGUCGAUUCUGUCAUCGAAAGCUCCAUUCUCUUCAAUUUAAGUCAGCCUAAGUCGGGGUUGAGAAAGGUCGUAACGAUGGACGAUGGCAAUGAUCUCUUCAUGACAAACUGUCCAGAGAUUGAACAUUUCACGGAAACCCUUCACACUGACUCUUACCCUUUCAUUUCAAUCGCUAGCUCAGACUUCAGUGGGAAGUCGGUUCUCAUCACAGGAGCGUCUAAGGGCAUCGGCCGAGUGACCGCCUUGAGCUUUGCCAGAGCUGGUUGCUCAAAAAUCGCCAUUGCAGCUCGAUCUGAUCUGAUCUCUUUGGAAGAUGAGAUCAAGUCGGUAGCUCAAGCCUGCAAUAUUGCUAUCCCUGAGAUCCUCUGCCUGAAGCUGGACGUCAAGUCGGAGUCGUCGGUAGCAGCUGCAGCAGACGAGGUCUCUCGCGCAUUUGGCUGUCUCGAUGUCUUGUUCAAUAAUGCUGGCGUGCUCGAGGCAAUGGUGCCGCUGGAAGAGGGUGACCCGGCGGAGUGGUGGCAGACGUGGGAGGUCAACGUCAAGAGUAUAUAUCUCAUGUCGAGAGCCAUGAUGCCUCUGCUGCUCAAAUCAGAGACGAAAACCAUGAUCAACAACUCUAGCUCGGGAGCCCAUAUGCUUCUUUUCAUGAGUUACCAGACCGCGAAAACGGCCGUCAUUCGACUGACCGAGUUCCUGGCUGCACACUAUGGCAAAGACGGGUUCAUAGCCAUUUCUGUCCAUCCUGGUACCAUCAGAACUAACCUCGAAAACCUGGUCUCCAGCGAGUACGACUACAUUUUCAAAGACUCCGGCGCUUUGCCUGCUGACACAGUAGUCUGGCUGUGUAAAACGAGACGAGGGUGGCUGAAUGGGAGAUUUGUCUCAGUAAACUGGGACAUGUCAGAGCUGGAGGCCAAGAAAGAUGACGUUCUGUCUCGAGAUUUGUUCAAGUUCAGACUCACAGUAUAG